CGAAGAAGAUUGUUUAUCAGGAAACUUCUACAUGUUUUUUUUCAGUGUUACAAACGGUUUCUGUCGUUUCUGACUUUCAAAUAUAAUAAUAAUUAUUAUUAUCGUAAUAUAAACUAUAGUUAUGAUUAUUUCAAAAUUGUGAGAAGAGUUUGGUACUUAAUCGAUUCAAUGAAUCGUCAUGAGUAAAGUUUUGCGAGAAUCACGAAAAGGUAUCGCUGCUCGAAAUGUAUCUUUCCGAGCAGAUGAGAAACAAGCUCUUCUCCGGGCCUGUAUUGCUGUUGGAGUGGAAGAAGCUCGUCGAGCCGGACGUCGCACGGAGCAUCUAUUUUUUGACGUCCAGAAACUAAUGAGUAACUAUGGACACUUUCCGAAUAGGAAAUUAUACAUACUCAGUAAAUAUUAUCAACGAAUGGAGAAGGACUUUCGAAGUGGAAAGUUGAACCCACAUCCCCCGGAAGCAAGGCAGCUUUGGGGAUCGGACGAGCACCAAGAGAACGCUUCGAAAAAUGAUGAUAAGUGGGAGACCCUAAUUAAAACAACACUGGAGCGUAAAAGAACCUGUUCGUACCUGUUAAAAUGCGAAUUAAAAGAAAUCAUCAAACAGGCACUUGGCCGUAAGAUUGAAUCAAUCGUAAUAAAAGAUCGUACCACUGUGUUUCAGGACAUGUUAAUAGCGCUCCACUCUAAAAAAAUGUUUCUCAAUCGUGAUGUUAAACAGCUACAACAGGCUUACUUCAGAUUGAAAAGACAAUUUGAAGAAGGUAGAAGUAAGAAUUUUCCUCCAGAGGCGUCAACCUUAUGGAGGCGACCAAAUACGAUAGAACUAGAAGCUUCGCGAAAAGCAGGAGGUGGUGAUGUUGAAACUGAGAGCCGAUCGGCUGGUGUUAAGGAAAUGAUUAAAACAAAUGAGUGCCGUAUUUGUCAAGCACAUCUAUUUUCACGAUCCAAAGACCUUUUUCUCGAUACUUAUAAUAACCAAACGUAUGGAGAAAUAAUUCAUGAUACUAUACAUGUGAAGAUUGAUUGCGACGACCAGAUGAACACCACAAUAUGUUGGACUUGUUCUGUGUUCAUAGAAAAUUUACAGUUAUUUGUUCAUCAAUGUCAUGAAACAUUUAAAUUUCAAAAGAACACCGUACCUGAGAUGAUCAAAAGCGAUAAUGAACUUGCGGAACAUUCGGAUGAAAAUAUUCAAAUAGAAUACCUUCACGAGGCUCUCGAUGACGAGAAUGAUAAUUAUUUUAUGCUUGACCACAAGGUAUACAACGAGAAAAACCACAGUUCUACUGAAGAUGAAGUAGAAGAUAGCGAAAAUAUCAAUACGGAAGAGCAGAAACACCAAAUGUAUAUAAAAAGUAAGCCUAAAUCGAACAGGAAGAAGCAAUGUCACCUCUGCGGAAAAUCGAUAUAUGAUUUAAGCAAUCACUUGACCAGCCAUAAGAACGCCGAAUUUCCGUGCGAAUUUUGCCCUCGUGUGUGUCCUAACCAAAGGCAACUGCGAGUGCAUAGAAAUAUUCAUACCAAGGAAAACGCAUUCCCAUGUCGUUAUUGCGAUAAAGUCUUUUAUGUGUGGACAACACGAAAGAAUCACGAGUUAUCUCAUAGAAAUGUUAAAUUUAAUUGUGACAAAUGUGACGCUGUCUACGCCAAAGCAUGUCAACUACGUUCUCAUGUGAAACAAAAGCACCUAGGAAUUCGUAAUUUGCAGUGUACCACUUGCGACUUCCGAACAUUUCUCAAAACACGAUUACUUAAUCAUGUGCGUAGCAUUCAUACAACCGAGCGGCCCUACAAAUGCGUUUACUGUGAUCACACAUCGAACAGCUCAACCGGAUAUUACAUACACUUCCAGCGGCACAAGAAGAGUGGGGAAGCUACGGAAUACUCGAUCAAAUGUACUUACUGUGGAAUGCAGUUUUUUAAAGAUGUUGCUCUUGAGAGACACGUUCGCAGUGAUCAUCCAGAUAAGGCAGUUGUUGUCUGAAUAUGAAUCUAUGAACUAUGUACAGCUUUGUAGAAAUGCUUUCCGGUUAAUACUGUUACUUUCAUUAUGUUCAUAAAAAUAGUUGCAAACAUAUUUUCAAUAGCCUAAUAGUCACGGACACAUCUCCGAGCACCUAUCGAAUCCAAUAAAAUGAACUCAAUUUUUA